GCAGCCUUAGAGGAGCCGAAGGAAGCAAAGCGAAACUCCUCAAUGAGUUCACCUUCAGAUAAAUAAGUUUGUCCCCCUUUUCUCCUCCACGCCGAAGAUUUAUUUUAACUCACGGCUGUGCUGACACCAUGAAUGGCUCCCUGCACUCCUCACCUAACGUGGUGGACAUAAAACUGAAGCGAGGACCGGCAGGCCUGGGAUUCAACAUAGUCGGGGGCGUGGAUCAGCAGUACGUGGUGAACGACAGCGGUAUUUAUGUGUCCAAGAUAAAAGAAGACGGAGCCGCUGCUUUAGAUGGACGGCUGCAGGAGGGGGACAAAAUCCUGGCGAUAAAUGGAGUUAAGCUGGAGGAUCUGACACAUAAAGCCGUGGUGGAGCUGUUCAGGACGGCGGGGGAGGAUGUGGAGCUGCGUGUUCUCAAAAAGUUAUCUCGUCACAUGAACGGACCCACAGGCUCUCGACCCGAGCAGGAAUCUUCAGUGUCUUCUCUGGGAGUUCUCAGUGUGUUAGCAGGAGCUGCAGCAAUCGUUGCAUUCAUUUACAUACGCCACCUUAGGAAGCACUUUUAAUCACGCCGACAUCUGUUUAUUAUUUUAAGAUCAAAAACUUCGCUAAAGGCCAAAGAGGUGAAAGAGGGAACAAACUCACCACAGUAGACGUUGUUAUUGUUAUUAAGAAUUCAGAUUAGUAGGUUUUGGUGUCACUGAUGAGUUUUCCAUGUUCAUGUGAUUAACGGUAGCUUCCGGACACCCUCCCUAUGCAAAAAGACGCUCUCUUACCGCAGAGAUGCCUUCAUUAGGGCUAACUUUGUGACUUUAGGGGAUGAAUGUACACGGGACAUUCCUGCUGGUGGGCCCAGCUCAAACAGCUACACAGAGGUCGAACACAGAAAAAAAAACAUGUAAAUAUCAGCAAAGUCAGCGCUUUGCAUUAAAAUAAACAGGCUGAUUUUUUAUAUUGAAGGUUGCACAGAACCAGAGAGGAGCGGCAUCCUGCAGUCAGUGAGAUGGAUCGUGCAACUGACUAUUUUUUACCGUGCCUUAUGAAGAAAUAUUGGUGUCCAGUUAUGCUUAGCUUCAUAUCAGGAUUAAAAUAAAGAUACGCCUAUGCAUUGAAACCUUAAAUUUAUACCUUAAAUUAAAGGAUGUUGCUGCUGAUAAUCUACAUUUUCUUACUUUCAACAAAUCCUAUCACAAAGCCUUAAAAACCAACAACUUUGUCCCUUUCCUUAAAAAAGAACGACAGGUAAUAGAAUAGAAGAUAUUUAAUGGAAUUUUCAAAUAAACCUACUAAGACAGCUGCACAUUAAAGUUUUAAUGCAUUGUUGUGAAAAAUAAAGCAUUUGUAAGGGGCUACUUUUAGCUGAAGGUUAAUCCACACCAGGCCCUGUAUCGUGGCAUUCGUAGAUGGAGUGUAAGUAAACUAAAAGACAAAAUAAAUUGUGCAUUAUUGUGGAUCUUUAGUCUUCUGCACAGAAGGAAGGAGCUUUCUGAAACAAAACAUUCUGGUUUUAUCAGCUGAAUCAGGCCACUGUUCUCUUUUGUCUUCUGCAGGGAUUUGUUGACAGUAAAGCCGGAGAUCUACUUGCAUUUCGUCUCGUCUAAGCUUGCAUUUGCAUAGCAGUUCAGCUGCGUCAUUGUUCUAAUUGUAAAUUUACUUGACCGUGCGAUGCGUGCUACCAGUAGAGGGCACACAAGAGCUCACACAUCAGCUACCUGAUGUGUGCGAUGUAAACUACAAACAUGGCAACACUCAAAGUUGCCAUAAUGUUACUUCUAAGAUCAGAGCUUACAAAAAACCCCACCAAUAAUCAAUAGUGCUGUCAGAUCAGCUCAGACUGGUGACUGGCUCUGAUUGGUACUUUCCUCCGUGCAUGGAUGUAGUGGUCUUGGUGUUACGGUUUUACAAGGGACCGUGUUAACUGGUGACCUUUAGCUGGUAGAUGUUGUCUCAGCAGCUGUUUAAAAUGAAAAAGAUCCCUGUAAUACAUCUUUAUUUAAUUUUUUAUUAUAGUCUCAAAGUAUACACUUCAAAUAUGCACUAAAUGGAAAACUAAAACAUAGCAAUGGUUGCUCUCAUCUGACAUGGUCACUCUUUGAACUGUAGCACAGAUCUAGUUUCCCAUCAGGGUGGUUUCACCCUGAAUCUGAGCACACUCAGCCCUAAAGUUUGGCUCCUUUGGGUCGCUGUGGCUCGGUAGGUAGAGUUGGUUUGAUCUCCAGCUCUUGCAGUCACGCGUCGAUGUGUCUUUGGGCAAGACACUUAACCUAAAUUUGUUCCGACUGCUAAGUCCGUGGUGUGUAAGUGUGUAUGGAUAGAUAUGAAUCAGAUUAGCUAGCACUGAUGGCUAUCAAACUCUGCUACAUUCAGCCUCUGUGUGAAUGUGGAUUGAAUGGAGUGAACGGGUUACUCUAGGUCAGUUUGAAUACAAGCGUACAGUACUCAGGCACUUUGCCUAGCCUGCUUGAAGAGGUGGCACGACUCUGGCUUGGCACACGGCAACCGUGCCCGAGUUCUGGGUACUCAACAGCGAGCUGACUUUGAAAGAUGCCUCCUGUCUCUUAAAAACUGUCUUAUCCAUAUAGCCAGAACCUUUUUCCACCUCUGCACAUGGAAGUAGGGAGAGUGUCCUCUUUGGCGUCUUAAAAAUGAUAAAAUCAUCCAUCAAAUCCUGCAGGAUGGACUCCUUUGUCUGCAGGGAGAACAAACAAAUGUCAGCCUGAGUGAUUGCCUUGGUUGCCUCUUCUUAUUUUUUCUUCUUAGCAGAUUUGCAAAGCAGCAACGCACUGCCACCUACUGUAUUGGACAGAAUACUCAUGCAAGUGUGCUCGUGUGCAGGGGAUAGGGGUCAGUACAAAUCAAUCGUGAAAUCACCCUUAGCAUUUCAGGUUUCUAUGUCGACCUUUAAAGCAUAACUUGUCUGUUCUAUGUAUUUUGACAGACAUGUUCCUAUCUGUGCAGUGGGUAAUUAUGCCAAAAUUAUCCCUGCUGCUGUGCUGACUCCCCUACAUCCCCUCUUGUGCAUGCUGCAUUUGUUUUUGAGAGAACAUGCACAACCGACACGCUAAACAAUGCAGGGGAAGUGUUAUGCAUUGCCAUAAUUAACAGCAAGUAUGUCUCCGGCCUUGAAAAGUAGAUUAUGCUCAGACUCAUCUUUCUAGAGGACCAAAGUGCGAGUAACUAAGGAAAUAUAAAUAUAUAUAUAACAUUUUUGAUACUACAGAGAGUUCUCUUGUGCAAGCCAGUCAUCUCUCAUGUCUACAUUUCUUUGGUAGCCUACAGAGGACAAAUGCCACACUGUUUCUUAGGUGGUUUUGGUGUUUUCCUCGAGGUUUGCGUCCUCUGUUGUCUUAAAGUUUGUUAAAAAAAAGCAAAGCACAUUUUUUGCACAUGCCGUAUCCAUGCAGAAGCAGUCUGAAGUAUUUCCUCUUGCAAGAAAUUCUGUAAAAGCAUGCUUUGCAUCACUCCAGCCUUUUUAUUUUUUUCUAUUUUGAGCCAGGGUCAGGAAAGCAUUUCAUUUCUCUCAUACAAUUAAUCCAAGCAAAACCUAUAUCAAGAAACAAUCUUUUUAAAAUCUCAACAUGUCUUGCAGACAGAUCAUCUUGUAGUUACUUCCACAUGAUUUUAUACCAAGCUUUUGCAACAAAAUCUAUUUAUCUCUGAUACAUACAGCUGUAGCAAGCCAGAUUGCAAUAUAGUGAGGCAUGAUCAGUGGGUAGAUUGGCAGAAGCUCUGCAGCAGAAAUCUAAAAAUUCUAACACUGACACUGAAGAGAUCGUCAAACUGGGCGCUGGUAGCUGAAAGCAGCAGGAACAUUCAUUUAGACACAGUCCCUGGAAAAGAUGUUGAAAUGUAACUAGCUUUCAGUACCUCUGGUUGAGCUUAUGAACCAAGACAUGAACGUUUUCUAACAUAUCUUAAAAUGAGGAAUAGCCACAAAAACAUAGAGAGGGGAAAAUUAGCUUCACUCCUGAUGUAAGUAGACCGACUUCAGAGGGAAGGGUGGGAAGAGCAACUGUCAGGUAUAAUUCAUGACCUCGCCAAUAGAUGGCACUAACUUCCACAUGCAGGUCCAAAAAUCUACCACUUUUAAGGAGUUCAUCAUAAAGAAUAUAUUAUUGUUGGUCUCUCAGGCAGAGCCGCUAAAUCCAUAUCAUUAAACCCAGUCAUUCUUUAGAGAUAAAGAGAGGCAGCUCAUUAUUAACCCUCAGUCAUGGCAGUCAUGAUGCUGCCAUGUUUGAGCUGAGUGAUGCAGCUAUUGUCACCAUCCACAUCUUCUGCUGAGUGCUUGUCUGUGAGAUGAGAAUAAAAAUAAGAGUCUAUGUUAUAAAAGAGGACACCAGUUGUUCUUGUUGUGAAGGAUUUCUACAGGAAAGCAGCUGGAGCUAGUUCACUUUAUCGAGGACGAGUGUCUGUCAACAGCUUCUUUGUUUUUGCACUAGCCACAAUCAUGGAACUCCUCCAGUGUCGGCCUUAGAGCAGGUGAAUACGUGAGUCGUUCGUGUUUCAGGUGUAUUUGUCCUCGUGUCAGUCUGCAGAGCAUCCAUCAGGCGGUCCGCUCCGACUGUGUGUGACUUUUUGUCUGUAAAUACAUUUCAUGUCGCUCUGCUGAGUGGGAUUGUGAAUAUGUGCAGAAUGCCUGAAAAAAUGGAUCAGAAGCACUAAUAAAUUAUGCAAAAUAGUCUUGUGUUUUACAUCCAAACACCUACUGUAUUAAAAUUCAUGUUGAAUUAAGA